AGCUGCCUGGCAGUCCCCACCUAGGGCACGCUGCCACGCUGCCGUUACCUGGUCCAAGUGCCCGGGAGGCUCCGCCUGUUGGCUUCGCUCUGCAGCUGCAUCUCUGAUCUGUCCUGCAGGCUCAGGCUCUGACACCUCCAUUCUCUGUCCCCAAGCGCCAUGAGAGGCCUUCUUUGCUGGCCCCUGUUGCUGCUCCUUCUUCAGCCCUGGGAAACCCAGCUCCAGUUGGCAGGUCCCAGGUGUCACACUGGGCCCCUGGAUCUGGUGUUCGUGAUUGACAGCUCCCGCAGCGUGCGCCCUUUCGAGUUCGAGACCAUGCGGCAGUUCCUCAUGGGCCUCCUCCGAGGCCUGAACGUGGGUCCCAACGCUACGCGCGUUGGCGUGAUCCAGUAUUCGAGUCAAGUGCAGAGCGUCUUCCCUCUCCGCGCGUUCUCGCGCCGCGAGGACAUGGAGCGCGCCAUCCGCGACCUGGUGCCGCUGGCGCAAGGCACCAUGACGGGACUGGCAAUCCAGUACGCCAUGAACGUGGCCUUCAGCGUGGCCGAGGGCGCGCGACCCCCGGAGGAGCGCGUGCCGCGUGUCGCUGUCAUCGUGACAGACGGGCGGCCCCAGGACCGCGUGGCCGAGGUGGCGGCACAGGCGCGCGCCCGCGGCAUUGAAAUUUACGCGGUGGGGGUGCAGCGCGCGGACGUGGGCUCCCUGCGCGCCAUGGCAUCGCCCCCGCUAGACGAGCACGUCUUCCUCGUAGAGUCCUUCGACCUCAUCCAGGAGUUCGGCCUGCAGUUCCAGAGCCGGCUGUGUGCCAUUGAUCUGUGUGCUGAAGGGACCCAUGGAUGUGAGCACCACUGUGUCAAUUCCCCAGGCUCCUAUUUCUGUCGCUGCCAAGUUGGCUUUGUACUCCAGCAGGACCAGAGGAGCUGCAGAGCCAUUGACUACUGCAGCUUUGGGAACCAUAGCUGUCAGCAUGAGUGUGUUAGCACCCCUGGUGGGCCACAGUGCCACUGCAGAGAGGGCCAUGACUUGCAGCCUGAUGGGAGGAGCUGUCAGGUCCGGGACCUUUGCAAUGGUGUGGAUCAUGGCUGUGAGUUCCAGUGUGUGAGCGAGGGCCUCUCCUACCGCUGCCUGUGCCCCGAGGGGCGGCAACUUCAGGCAGAUGGCAAGAGCUGCAACCGGUGCCGGGAAGGCCACGUGGACCUUGUUCUGCUGGUUGAUGGCUCCAAGAGCGUGCGCCCACAAAACUUCGAGCUAGUGAAGCGCUUCGUGAAUCAGAUUGUGGACUUCCUAGAUGUGUCCCCCGAGGGCACGCGCGUGGGGCUGGUGCAGUUCUCGAGCCGCGUGCGCACCGAGUUCCCUCUGGGUCGCUACGGCACCGCAGCCGAGGUGAAGCAGGCGGUCCUGGCUGUGGAGUACAUGGAACGCGGCACCAUGACAGGGCUGGCGUUGCGGCACAUGGUGGAGCACAGCUUCUCCGAGGCACAGGGUGCACGGCCCCGUGCCCUCAACGUGCCUCGCGUUGGCCUGGUCUUCACGGAUGGCCGCUCCCAGGAUGACAUCUCGGUGUGGGCAGCGCGCGCCAAGGAGGAAGGCAUCGUCAUGUACGCCGUGGGCGUGGGCAAGGCGGUGGAGGCGGAGCUGCGUGAGAUCGCCUCGAAGCCAGCGGAACUGCACGUGUCCUACGCCCCAGACUUCGGCACCAUGACGCACCUGCUGGAGAACCUCAGAGGCAGCAUCUGUCCAGAGGAGGGUAUCAGCGCAGGGACAGAGCUUCGGAGCCCAUGCGAAUGCGAAAGCCUCGUGGAGUUCCAGGGCCGCACGCUGGGGGCGCUCGAGAGCCUGACGCUGAACCUGGCCCAGCUGACGGCGCGCCUGGAGGAUCUGGAGAACCAGCUGGCCAACCAGAAGUGAGGGCCACGGGCGGCCCAGACGCGGGCUGGGGCGCGGCACCGCGGACGGUGCCCCUUGCGCGCCAUCGGUGCGCCGGGGCCAGGCAGAACCUGGGCCCGUCCGGCUUGGACUGUCGGGGCAGAGGCGCUGGCGGGCUUCCGGCACUGAGCUGAGCUGGCCUCGCCCGGACCAUUAGGCGGACUGAGGCGUCAGGGGGAUAGCGGGUGGUGAGGGAAGGGGCACGUGCUAGACCGGCACGCCCUCGCCGCGUGCUGCGCUCAGUUCUUUGUUGGAUUUCUUGUUUGUGUUCUUAAAAAAAUAAAAAAACCUGAUUUCC